AUGAGACCCCCGUCGUUCUCUGGAGGGGCUGACCCACUGAUAGAUGAGAACUGGGUCCAGGAUAUGGAGGAUAUGUUAGCAGUCCUCCUAUGUACAUAUGGGCAAAAGGUAUUGUUUGUGACAUUCAAAUUGACUGGGGAAGCUAAAAGCUGGUGGAGAUUAGCGAGAUUACUAAAGGAGCAGAGACCUAACCUUGUAGCGAUGACGUGGAGCCGCUUUAGGAAGAUCUUUUUUAAAAGAUACUUCCUCGCUAUUGUUAGGAGUGCGAAGGCAGCAGAGUUCUUGCACUUGACGCAGGGGCAAAUGACGAUACAACAGUAUGCAGCUAGAUUCAUUGAGCUGUCCCGGUUUGCCCCAUAUUUAGUGCCGAAUGAGGAGAGAAAGGCGAGGAAGUUCAAGGAGGGCCUGCGACAUAACUUGUUUAAGCAGGUCAUAGGCUUUCGGGCCCAAAUUUUUACAGAGGUAGUGGAUAGAGCUGUAGUGAUUGAGAGUGGUCUACAGAGAGGCAUUGCAGCGCAGAGCUAG